ACCCCAUCGAAACCCCAGGCCUUGUUUGCUUCGCCGGAGAAGAGCAGAGCCGCAAUGGCAGCGGCGGAGGAAGCAGCUGCCGCGCCGCCUGACGGCGGCGCAGAGAGCGAUCCUGCUGAGAUGUCUUUGGCGGGGGUGAUGGAGGGGGAGGAGAGAGAGGCGGCGGCGGCGGAGUACUCGUGGCCCCAGCUCCACUUCGACCGCCCGCCCCGCCGGCUCUACCACUUCGCCCGCCAGUUCCGCUCCGUUGCUCCCGCUGCCGGCAGCGGAAGCGGCGAGAACUUCCUAAAAGGCGUCAAGUGGUCGCCCGACGGCUCCUCCUUCCUCACCAGCUCCGACGACAACUCGCUCCGCUUGUUCUACCUGCCGGAGGACGCGUACGGUGGGGCGGAGCACGUUGCCGAGGCCUCUGUUGGAGAUCAAGAUUCUUAUGGUGCAUUCCUUCAGGUGAACGAGGGUGAACCAGUGUACGAUUUCUGCUGGUACCCGUGUAUGUCCUUGUCUGGUGUUUUGUUUGUUUUUGCAGACCCAGCCACCUGUGUAUUUGCGAGCACCAGUCGUGAUCACCCCAUACAUCUCUGGGAUGCCACCAGUAGGGAGCUCCGGUGCACCUACAGAGCAUAUGAUGCCAUGGAUGAAAUAACUGCUGCACUUUCAAUCGCUUUCAAUUCCACUGGAUCUAAGCUCUUUGCUGGAUACAACAAAGCAAUGAGAGUAUUUGAUGUUCAUCGGCCUGGUAGAGAUUUUGAUCAGUAUUCUUUACUUAAGGGAGAUGAAGGGCCAACAGGUAUAGUAUCAUCAAUGUCCUUCUCUCCUCACAAUGGGAUGCUUGCUGUUGGCUCAUACAGCCAGACAACUGUUGUGUAUGCGGAGAGUAAUAUGGAGGCUUUGUAUGUCUUACAUGGCCAGCUUGGUGGUGUUACACAGGUGCUUUUCUCGAAAGAUGGGAACUAUCUGUAUACUGGAGGGCGCAAGGAUCCAUACAUAUUAUGUUGGGAUAUUCGCAAUACUGUGGACAUUGUUUACAAGUUGUACAGAACAGCUGAUACUACUAAUCAAAGAAUAUAUUUUGACAUUGAGCCCUGUGGUAGACAUCUAGCCACUGGUGGGCAGGAUGGGAUGGUCCAUGUAUAUGACCUUCAAGGUGGUCAAUGGGUAACAGGCUUCCAAGCAGCAGCUGAUACUGUAAACGGGUUCUCCUUCCAUCCAUACCUUCCAUUUGCGGCAACAUCAUCUGGGCACAGAAGAUUUGGUAUGCAAGAUGAGUUUGAAGAAGAGUUAAAUUUGGCAGGCGAUGAGAACUGCUGCUCUGUCUGGAUGUUUCCUUCCUUGCAAGAAGCUUGAAACCACAACGGACCAUGAGCAUUUAGAGAAGAUUUAAGAUUUUAUAUGAAGAAUGCCGAUGCCAUAUGACGCAACCUGAUUGCCAUGGACGCUCAUUGUGUCGAUGCCAGAUGAUGCCGACGCCUGAGGUUGGAUUCAAAGAAUUUGUUAGCAGCAGAGCAAAUGGCUGCUAUUUUUGGUGCUCAGUCAUCCGAUGGGCCAUUGACAACUUCGUGUAAUAAUGUUGGACAGUCCACGUAGGCUAAUGUAUUCACUGACGGCUAUGUUAUUUGGCUUCUUUUGGGGGGCGUUGGAAUUUUUUUAUCAUGAUUCAUGAGUCUGUAACAAUGCCAUCCAGGAGUGUGUAACAAUGUCAUUGACUCAUCUGUGAUCUAGUGUAUAAAUUUUAGAUUUCCUACCAUGAUUCGGUCAAA